UGAAGGUGACACCGCUGCGAAGUCACUAAAACGAAAGUGUUUUUCGAGCCUGAUAUGUCUUGACUACUCUGAAGCACAACGCUGAGGUUCUUGUAGCACUGCGUUCACAACACCCCGAGGAUGCUGUCAGCUUGUAACACUUUGCAGCGGGGAGUCUGCAGACAGGCCCCAGCUCUAUCCCUCUGUGUAGGGAAGAGAUCCGCUCACAAAGAACCUCUUCAUCCAGAAUGGCAGAAAUUAGCCAAAAAACAGCUGAAGGGGAAGGACCCUGAGGAAGUUCUAACCUGGAGGACCGCUGAGGGAAUUGACGUAAAGCCUCUUUACACCAAAAGAGAUGUACGAGACCUGGCUGAGGAGUUGCCAGGGCAAUUCCCGUACACACGAGGACCUUAUCCCACUAUGUAUGCCCAGAGACCAUGGACCAUCCGUCAGUACGCGGGUUUCAGUACUGUGGAGGAGAGUAACAAGUUUUACAGAGACAACAUCGCCGCUGGUCAGCAGGGCCUGAGCGUGGCCUUUGAUCUUGCCACACAUCGAGGGUAUGACUCUGACAAUCCCCGUGUAGAGGGGGAUGUGGGGAUGGCGGGUGUGGCCAUCGAUUCCGUGGAGGACAUGAAGCAGUUGUUUGAUGGAAUCCCGCUGAAGGACAUUUCCACGUCAAUGACGAUGAAUGGAGCGGUGUUACCUAUCAUGGCCAUGUACGUCGUAGCAGCUGAGGAGCAGGGCGCAACUCAAGCUGAAAUGGCAGGGACAAUUCAGAAUGACAUAUUAAAGGAAUUCAUGGUGAGGAACACAUACAUCUAUCCUCCAGAACCUUCCAUGAGGAUCAUCGGGGACAUCUUUGAGUACACAGCUCAGCACAUGCCAAAGUUCAACUCCAUUUCUAUCUCGGGCUAUCACAUGCAGGAGGCAGGAGCAGAUGCUGUUCUUGAGAUGGCCUUCACCAUAGCUGAUGGCCUCCAGUAUGUACACACAGGUGUUAAUCGAGGCCUGAAUGUGGAUGACUUUGCUCCACGUCUGUCCUUCUUCUGGGGAGUAGGCAUGAACUUCUACAUGGAAAUUGCCAAGAUGCGGGCCGCUCGGCGUUUGUGGGCUACUCUGAUGAAAGAGAAGUUUCAGCCGAAGAAUUCAAAGUCGCUGUUACUGAGGGCCCAUUCCCAGACGUCUGGCUGGUCGCUGACUGAACAGGACCCAUACAACAACAUCAUGCGGACUACAAUAGAGGCCAUGGCUGCCAUUUUUGGAGGUACGCAGUCUCUACACACCAACUCAUUUGACGAAGCGCUGGGCUUACCGACACGCUUCAGCGCCCGCAUUGCUCGCAACACACAGAUCCUGCUGCAGGAAGAGUCUGGCAUCCCCAAGGUGGCAGAUCCCUGGGGAGGCUCAUUCAUGAUGGAGAGUCUGACACAGGAACUGCACGACGCUGCUCUCCAGGUCAUCAAUGAGAUUGAAGAGAUGGGAGGUAUGGCCAAGGCUGUGGAGUCGGGGAUGCCUAAGUUGAGGAUUGAGGAAUGUGCUGCUAAGCGACAGGCGAGGAUAGACAGUGGCUUAGAGGUGAUAGUUGGGGUUAACAAGUACCGCCUGAAGGAAGAAAGUCCAGUAGAUGUGCUGUGUAUUGACAACACCAAGGUGCGGGAAUCUCAGGUCAACAAGCUCAAGGCCCUGCGUGCCAAUAGAGACAACGACAAGGCCCAGGCCUCUCUGGAUGCGAUCACCGCCACUGCAGAGUCCGGGACGGGUAACUUACUGGAGAGGAGCAUCGAAGCGGCCAGGAAUAGAUGCUCUGUCGGCGAAAUCUCAGAUGCCAUGGAAAAGGUGUUUGGUCGCCAUGUGGCCACCAGUCGGCUGGUGAGUGGAGCUUACAAGUCCGAGUUUGGGGAGGGAGAAGAGAUUGCCGCUGUCACCAAGAGGGUUCAGGAGUUUGCGGAGAAUGAGGGUCGACGCCCCCGGAUACUGGUGGCCAAGGUCGGACAGGAUGGUCAUGAUCGCGGUGGGAAGGUCAUUGCCACAGGGUUCGCCGACCUUGGAUUUGAUGUUGACAUUGGACCCCUGUUCGCUACCCCAAGAGAAGCUGCCCAGCAGGCAAUUGAUGCAGAUGUCCACGUGGUUGGAAUUAGCUCUCUGGCUGCAGGGCACAAAACUCUUGUACCUGAACUGGUGAAGGCUCUCAAGGAGCACGGGCGAUCUGAUAUUGUGGUUGUGGCAGGAGGAGUUAUCCCCCCUCAAGACUAUGAUUUCCUCUACAAGGCAGGCUGUGCGGCCAUCUUUGGACCAGGGACCCGAAUUCCAGAAGCUGCUGUCCAGGUUUUGGACUUCAUUGAAAGCGGACCUUCUAAAAAAAAUUCCCAGGCAGCUUGAAGGGUGUAAACACAGAUGGCAGUGCCUGACUCAUGCUAGUGAUUGAAGGGUGUAAACACAGAUGAUAAUGGCUGACUCAUGAUAGUGAUUUAAGGGUGUAAACAGAGAUGGUAAUGCCUGGCUAAUGAUGUCAUUAGUGAUUCAUGUAAUGACAGAUGGUGUCUGUACCAAUAAUGACGGAGGCAGAUUAACACACACACUCCUCAUGUACCAUUAGCUAUGCCCAGGGACACAUUGGUUUAAUAAUAGCCUCCUGCUUCAGGUGGUAGCUUACCCUGUUUCCAGCUUGUUGUGUUUAUGGCCUGGUGGUAAUGCUACAUUAUCAGUAUCUCCGUAUCAAGUGAACUUUCUAGAUACAGGCAUCCUCAGAGGAGUAGAUAUCAGCAUUUUGUGCUCCUUUGGACAAUCCUGUUUUAAUAUACUAUACACAUUCAUUAUACCUCUUGUAUUUCUUCUCUUUUUGUUUUUAAAUUAUUGCAUCGUGUCAAAGAGAAUAUAUACAAAUUGAAUGUAUAAUGGCGCUUUUAGUGUCAAGCAGGACUUUGAGCCAUUGUUACAUCCAAAAUUCCUUGUAUCGCAAUGUCUGAACUGUGUCUUUUGUACACCACAGUUUCAUCUCAGUAUACAACUAAUUGACCUUUAGUUAGGACUAAAGACGUGUAAUGGACACCUGUCUUGUGCUCAUCACUGAGAACUGAUCAUGAUUAUUUUUGAAGAUGCAUCAUGUGUAACUGACACCUGUCUAUAGUUCAUCACUAAGAGCUGAUGAAACACAGGUCAUCAUGAUGCAUCGUGUGAAACAGAAACGUGUCUUAGAGUUGACCAGAGGGGCCUCCGUGGCUCAGUUGGUUAGCGCGCUAGCGCAGUGUAAUGACCCAGGAGUCUCUCACCAAUGCGGUCGCUGUGACUUCAAGUCCAGCUCAUGCUGGCUUCCUCUCCUGCCGGCAACCUGCAGAUGGUCAUGGGUUCCCCCGGGCUGUGCCCAGUUUCCACCCACCAUAAUGCUGGCCGCCGUCGUAUAAGUGAAAUAUUCUUGAGUACGGCGUAAAACAACAAUCAAAUAAAUAAAUAAAAAGAGUUGACCAGAGAAACACCUUCAUUUGGUGUAUGUUAGUUUCACAGUGAAAAUGUACAGCCUGCUAGAAUCAGCAACAUACAAUACCAUACAUGUACAUUUAGUGUAUGAUAUGCUUGUACAUGUGAUUGUUACUAAGUGUACAAAGGUAAAUACAUAUAUGUUAUCUACACGUACCUACAUAUAAUGUCAAGUUUUUCUUCCUUGAAAUUCGGAAUUACGUGAGCAGGGUGUUAAGCUGUUCUUGUGGGAUGAAAUAGCUAUUAUGGAGCGACGUUAUGGAAAAGAUGAGCAUUCUCUGUAUCGCAUUUAGUACGUGAACCUUAUACUUAUGUGACUACAUGUCCAAAUGAUAUUUUGCUUAGCCUCAAAAAAAAAAAAUUCCGAUUUUUGAAUCAUAUUAUAUUAAACCAUCGUUUGUCUCCAGUGAGGUUAGCUGGUGCAAAAUUGUCUUGCCAAUAUGUCUAUAUAUAUUUUAACGGCACAUGUUCAUAGUAUUCAAGAUAAAUGUUGUUUAUGUUUCUUACUUGUGUAGCUUGUUGUUACUGUUGUGAUUAAGCAGCUGUGUAUGAUGUUGUAGUUUAUGGUUCACAUUGUCUUGUAUAUACCGUUCAUCUUUGUAGAAUUAAGAUCUUUAUUGCUUCAUCCCCCUGGUUGUGUUUCUCCUUUUCUGUUUAUUAUUGUGAUCACAGAUUUCCUAUUCCACCUGCAAUAUUCAGAUCACUGAAUAGUUUGGCACGGGGAAGUAUACUGCUCUAGUCUGUGUUCCUUCGCAGCAGAUUUGCUGGUAAUCAGGUCCCGACCGAAAUCCUGAAGAUGCAUCAAAAUGAGAUGUCAGAGAAGGCAAGGAUUGAG